UUCGGUUACUGACUGACACCGAGCCUGAGCUCAGACUUCCUCUACAGCAACCCGAGAAAGGGCGGAAAGAAUAGCAUCAAGAAUCCAAUCCCUAGGAUACAUUUAUCAGAUUGGAGCUGUACAUAGAGAUGCAACGAGUGAAAUCUGCCUCAUCUGUUUUAAGCCGUUAUACAGCAAAUAAUAAUGGUGGCUUUAUCUCCAGGCUAAAGCGAAGCCUUUCUUCUCUGUCCAACAGUCCCCUCACCGAUGAUCAGGAAAACUUUGUGUUGGUGGAGGGAAAUGGCGCUUCCAGAACUGCAAUUCUCAAUAGACCCUCUGUGCUUAAUGCCCUUAACACUUCAAUUGGGGCUAGGUUACAAAAGCUGUACUCAAGUUGGGAGGAUGAUCCUGAUAUCGGGAUUGUGCAAUUGAAGGGCAGAGGCAGGGCAUUUUGUGCUGGUGGUGAUAUUGUAGCUCUUUAUAAUGUGAUACGCCAAGGGAAUAUUGAACAGGGUAAAGAAUUCUUUUGGACAAUAUACAAUUUCAUUUAUAUGCUCGGUACAUACUUGAAACCACAUGUUGCACUAUUACAUGGAAUUACUAUGGGUGGUGGAGCUGGAGUCUCAAUUCCUGGAACAUUCCGAGUCGCAACUGAUAAAACUGUUUUUGCUACACCUGAAACAUUAAUUGGUUUCCACCCGGAUGCUGGAGCAUCUUUUUACCUCUCACAUCUGCCUGGUUAUUUAGGAGAGUACUUGGCCCUCACUGGAGACAAACUCAAUGGAGUGGAAAUGCUAUCCUGUGGGCUUGCUACACACUAUUCACUAGCUGCUAAGCUUCCUUUAAUUGAGGAACAACUUGGAAGCUUGACUACUGAUGAUCCGUCUGUCAUCGAAGGUUCUCUGCAAAACUUUGGAGACCUUGUCCACCCAGAUUCAACAAGUGUGGUUCACUGGAUUGAAACACUUGAUAAAUGCUUCAGCCAUGACACAGUUGAGGAAAUUAUUGAUGCUUUGGAAAGUGAGGCUAGUAGAACAAAAGAUAUGUGGUCUACUUCAACAUUGAAGAAACUCAAAGAUACCUCACCAUUGAGCUUGAAAGUUUCCUUGAGAUCCAUACGAGAAGGUAGAUUUCAAACUCUUGAUCAGUGCCUAAUUCGUGAGUACAGAAUGUCCCUACAAGGGAUCUCUGGAAAGAUUACCAGUGACUUUUGUGAGGGAGUUCGAGCACGAUUAGUGGAUAAAGAUUCUAUGCCAAAGUUUACACUUGAUAUUUCGCGAUGCACAGUGGAACCCGCCAAGCUUGGAGCUAGUGACUGCAGACAUGGUAGACGAGUACUUUUCACCCGUUACUGCUCUUGAGCCUGAUCUGGAGCUUCCAACAAAGCUGAGAGAAGCUUUUCUAUAAUUCUUGGCAGAAUGUACUUAUGAACUUGCCUUUUCCUUAGCCCUGGGCGCAUUUUUUGAGGAGAAGCAAGCAAUUUUUGGCGAGGCUGUUGGCUGUAGAUCCUGGAUGGUGAGGCGAGUUUCAUUUUGCCUAAACCUAGGUGUUUAUAUCUUAUGAUUAACCUUGAUUCCGAAAAUUUAGAAUUGUAAAUGAUGGAGGAGGCAAGCAUGAAACAUUUUGCCCUUCGUAGAUAGUUGAAGCCAUCCAUAUGCCUCAAAUACAUUUCUUGAACAUAAAAGAAUGUACUUUGGCUCUUGUAAUCUGAACUAUUAUUAGGUUUCUUGUCUACAAGAUCAUAUUUUUCUUCA